AUGAUUUUGCGAGCAAUUGGCUACCAAAAAGACAGCGAAAUUGUUGCUUUUCGUCAAAACUGCUGGAAUUUGAAAUGCAGAAACCCGGGAAUCGAUGUCGACUAUUUGAUUGCAGCGCUGAAAUUGACGGGACUUGAAGCUGAGGUGAUUCCAAUCGAUUACCCAGCCCCAAAGGCCGUUGAAAUGAUUGCUAAUGGAAGCGCCGAUCUCACCGUUCACGCAAUCAUUCAAAAUGUCGAGCGGCUCGAAAAGGUCGACUUCACUGUACCAAUCAAUUACCUCGUUUACGGCUACAUGAUAAUGGAAAUCGACGAGUUUCAAAUCAAAGAUUUCAUUCUCAGCUCACUCCAUCCCGAGAUGCUUCUUCUAUUACUGAUGGGACUCCUGAUAAACUACGACUUCAUAAAUCUCGACGGCUUAUUGGAUGCAGUUGAGAAAAAAGGAUGGCAUAUUCUUGUUCACGAGGAAAUCGGUUGGAAUCCAAUGGCUUUUUGCAAACAUUUUUACAAUCAAUGCAACCGUUUAGAGAACGCUUUGAAGAAAGCCGUUCACGUUCCACGAAGCUGGAAUCCGGAUAACCAUCUGACCUCAAAAUCCGUCCUCUUUGUUGGCCUCCACGAACAUCUCGUUCCCACCGAUGUCAUCAUUUUGAAUCGAGAGAAAAGACUACUUUUCAUCAAAGAUUCCUCUCUCCAGCCGAGCCAUCUCUCAUUUGCACUCAACAAAAAUUUAUCAAAGGACAUUCUGGAGAAAUUGAACCGAGGACUCGAAACGAUUCAAGGGUCUUAUGCUAACUUUGCAGCCAGAUACGCAAACCCGUUCACGCCCUAUGUUCGUUCUGUUCACUCGUCCGGCGAAUUCUACGCGCUCGGUCUGCUCUAUUUGUGGCCACUCUUUCGUCUCUGUCUCAUUUUCAUCGGUCUCUCCAUUGGAGCGCUCCUCAUCGAAGUGAUUCAGAAGAGAAUCCACUAUAAAAAGUUCAAGUUG